AUGGCCUUAGUCAGAUAUUUGAUGCCGAUUGAUAGCCGAGAAUUAUUGGUUAAGAGUUCUCGAGUAAAAGGCUGCAACCAUCUUGUGUUCAAUGGCUUGGCCUUGGUGUUUGUUAUUUACGUGCAUGAUCACGCAUGCGCUCAAGUUGAAUCUGAUGAUUCCAAUAUUCCGGUAUUUACCGAUGCUCAAUUUAAAUCAGCUAGUCCGAAUUCGGCAUUUGACAAAGUUUUACGUUUUGGAUCUGCUUCCUACAAAUUUACAAGGCCUUACGCACAGCAUGAAGCAAUUAUAUCCACCAUAUGUAUAUUUGCAAGAGUAUUAGUUGAGAACCCACAGGUGUUUAAAUGGUCUGUGCUGUUUAAGGCAUUUCCUGGCCUAAUUGCUGUAAUGCUUGCGUAUGCAUAUUACAAUGGCAUCAAUCAGAUAUAUGAUGUCGAUAUUGACAGGUUGAACAAACCAUAUUUGCCUAUACCAGCUGGGGAACUUUCACUACAACAAGCAUGGUUUUUAAUGAUAUUUGAUGUACUUGUUGGCCUGCUAAUUCUUCGAUUGAUGAACGCCGACCUAAUCACUACUUCUCUCUACUGUCUUGGUCUUAUACUAGGCACCUUUUAUUCUACUCCUCCCUUUAGAUUCAAGGAAUCUUCUGUUGCAACAGUAAUCGUGAUUCCUUUGAUCACCGGUAUCAUUCAGAAUAUAGGUGUAUUCUAUGCUGCCACCGCUUCUCUUGGACUUCCAUUUUGGAGCCCUUCAAUUGUUUUCAUCACUACCUUUGUUACGGUGUUUUUUGUGCCUAUUAGUCUCAUAAAAGAUCUCACAGACGUGGAAGGUGACCUGAAGCAUAACAUAUGGACAUUUACGGUGACAUAUGGACAUAAAAAUAUUGUAGCCGUUAGUACUGGAAUUCUAUUACUAAAUUAUAUUGGAGCUAUAGCAGCAGCUAUUUACAUGCCUCAGGCUUUCAAGCUUAAUUUAAUGUUGCCAGCUCAUUCAUUACCCGCCACAUGGUUACUUAUUCAGGAAGCAUGUGCAGAUUUCUUUCAAUUUCUCUGGAAGCUUUUAGGGUUAGAGUUUCUCUUAUUUCCUUUCAUGUAG